UUUACGUAGUGACGCCAGAUGUAUAUGAGCGCACGCGGCGGGAUCUCUUUCCCUUUUAGCGCCAUCAGAGCGGGAGUCUCGCGCUGUUCACUGCGCAGCAGGACCGCCUCAGACAGACCUCUGCACAUCGGGCUCUCGGAAACAAAACGGUGAAACAACAUGGCAGAUCUUGACAAUAAAGACCAGACUGAAAUGGACCCAGCAGAUAUGGAGGAUGUUGAAGAGGUGGAGGAAGAGGAAACUGGGGAAGACAACAGUAAAGCACAUCAGCUGACGAUGCAGAUGAUGCAGAACCCUCAGAUUCUUGCGGCGCUGCAGGAGAGGUUGGAUGGGCUUGUGGGAUCUCCCUCAGGGUACAUGGAGAGCUUACCAAAGGUGGUGAAGAGACGUGUCAAUGCCCUUAAGAACCUCCAGGUCAAAUGCGCUCACAUCGAAGCAAAGUUCUACGAAGAAGUGCACGAACUGGAGCGAAAAUACGCUGCUUUGUAUCAGCCCCUCUUCGACAAGCGGAGUGAUAUCGUGAAGGCAGCAUACGAACCCACAGAUGAGGAGUGUGAGUGGAAACCAGAUGAAGAGGAAGAGCUGACAGUAAGUAAGCAGGAGGAAAUGAAGGAAAAGGCCAAAGUGGAGGAAGAGAAGAAAGACGAGGAGAAGGAAGACCCUAAAGGAAUCCCAGAAUUCUGGCUCACAGUUUUCAAGAACGUCGACCUUCUCAGCGAAAUGUUGCAGGAACAUGAUGAACCAAUCCUUAAGCACUUGCAAGACAUUAAAGUUAAAUUCUCAGAUGCAGGCCAGCCAAUGAGUUUCACAUUAGAGUUCUACUUUGAACCCAACGAUUUCUUCGCAAACACAGUCCUGACAAAGACCUACAAAAUGAGGUCUGAGCCAGACGAGUCGGAUCCCUUCUCUUUCGACGGGCCAGAGAUCAUGGGCUGCACAGGGUGCACGGUCGACUGGAUUAAGGGCAAGAACGUCACAUUGAAAACCAUUAAGAAGAAACAGAAACAUAAGGGACGUGGCACAGUGAGGACGGUCACCAAGACAGUCCCCAAUGAUUCGUUCUUCAAUUUCUUCUCUCCGCCUGAAGUUCCAGAAAGUGGUGAACUGGACGAGGACUCGGAGGCCGUGUUAGCAGCAGACUUUGAGAUCGGUCACUUCAUCCGCGAGCGGAUCGUGCCCAGGGCAGUGCUAUACUUCACCGGCGAGGCCAUCGAAGAUGACGACGAUGACUAUGACGAGGAGGGAGAGGAAGCCGAUGAUGAGGAGGGUGAAGAGGAGGCCGACGAGGAGAACGAUCCAGACUAUGAGCCCAAGGUAUAAGUGAUGUCUGUAGUAACCCUGCCCUGAAGGAUGCCAACCCUCCAGAGGAGUGCAAACAGCAGUGAUGGCAGCGCCACCUCCUUCAGGAUCCCCUACACUGUAACGGCUUCAAACAAACAUAGUUACUUACCGCCUUACAAUGUUUUGUAUUUUUCUUGGUAGAAAUAAUUGAAAAAUUAAAUAAAAGGGUUUCGAGAUUUUUGUUACAAAAAAAAGAAAAAAGAAAAACCACCACACACAACUCCUCUAUCGGGAGCCGCGGCUCAUGACACAUAGUAUUUUACUAGACCGGUUUCUUUCGUUUUCCUUUUUCUCUGUAUAAAUAGUUAGAAUGCAGAAAAUCCCUUGAAGCAUGACACUCGUUUCUUCACCGCUAAACUAGUUGGGUUCUCGUAAAGUCUUUUGUAUUGCUCUUAGACAACAGCUGUGGAAAGACGGUCCGGUUUACAGGAGAAGCGUCCGGAGAGAUUCAUUCGGUUAACCUUCCACGAAAACGUUGGCUGUUUUAGGUUGGGAGGAUGUUUAAAGCUUGGUGGAGACUGAUGCAUAUUCCACAUCCGUUCAGUCGGCGCUCUGCUGCAUGACUCCUUUCUUUUCUGUGAGCACUUUGUAUUUUCGUCAUGUAUCCGUAGCGUUUAUUUUUUCCAUCGAUUCGGCCAAUGCUUAACUUUUAACUGGCUUGCCGUUCUUUAGGUGGGUUCUCUGCUCCACGGAAUGCACUUACAAUGAUCCGAGCGACCUCAUUGGAGGAUUAGACUUUGAACGAGAGAACCUGAUUGGAGGAGCCAGUCUAGCUAGUCUCUGAUUGGCUGGUUUCUGAGCUCGGCUCGGAAUGAUGUUUGUGGUGAAACACCACCUCUGUUUGGCAGGCCUAUCACUGUGAAUGUGUGUGUGUGUGUGUGUUCAGAGGAAGGUAGUCUUCGUCUCCUCUCACUCGUAGCGCAGCCCAGCAGGUCUGAAGCAGAUAGAGCAAUAUUUUCACCCGGAAAGCCCCACCGCCGCAGUAUCCCGUGUCUCGUGGCCCGGCUCUGUCCGGAUCACCGGUCAGUCGGUUAGUUAGUUGUCUGGUGAGCGGUUGAAGCAGCAGGGGUCUUUCUGGUUCCCCUCAGCAGCUGUUGUCAAAGCAAAAUACCAUGCUACAAAAUACUAAUGUACUCAAUAACUGUACGUGGAUGUAUAUUCAUGAAAAAUAAAUUGGUAAAACGUGCAA